AAUGGAAAGACUGUCGCAUGGCAGGUCCCUCUGCAUCCCUGGACAUAGGAACGGAAGGAGAGAUCGACAGGCAGGAAAUGCUCCUGGAAGAACUGGCACCAGUGGGAACGGCACACAUGCCACCAGACAUCCACCUGGAGGCACCCCCACUGCAAGGAAUGGGACCCGCCCCCGAGGGCCCAGUGGCAGAGCCUUGGAUCGCACAGGCAGGGCUGCAGGAGCUGAGCUACGGAGCUGCUGAGGAGUGCCCGCCCUUCCUGGACCCAGGAGGAGAACCCCAACCAUCAGCAGAGAGAAAUCUCCACUUCCCACUGAGGGCAACACUCGUGCUGACUGAUCUGAAUCCUCAGGACCAGGGUGAUGCCCUGAUGGGGCGUGAGAUAGAUGAUCAAGGACCAUGGCUAUGCUGCUGUGACAACAUUCACGGGGAUCUGGAGCCGACACUGCUCCCACUUGCUCCUUUCUGUUCUGUGAUCCCAUGGCCCAGGAAGCCAGGUCCCUUGGGCAAUGGUCAGUGACUCUGGCCUCAAGAUAUAAUCACCCAGUGAAAGCAGCAAGGGAACUCAGUCCCAGGCUUCUUCAGUUGUCCUCCUUCCAAAGCCAUCUGUAGCAUUACCCCAUCAUGGAGAAGGGUCACUCUGAAGUCAGUCCCAGCACGCC